AUGACAAAACUGAAGAUGAAGGACUCUGGAAAUUACUGGUGUGCUGUAGACAUCCAGGGCGCUCCAGAUAAGGGAGCACAUCUGAGACUGUCAGCCACUGCAGGGCCUCCUGGACUCUGGGUUGAGCAGCAGGAGGUGGCCGGUGUGGAAGGGGGCCAUGUCAGUGUGCCGUGUCACUAUAAUGAACCGAGCAGCAUGAAGAAGUGGUGCAGGAUAAAGGGCUCCUGUCUGGAAGUGAAUUCUGGCAAAUCUGGUAAAUCUGGAAGGUCAGAGAUGAAAGAUGACCGCUCUAAAAAGGUCUUCACUGUGACGGUGAGGGAGCUGAACAUGGAGGACACAGGCUGGUAUUGGUGUGCUGCUGGAGAACUACAGAUCCCUGUUCACCUCACUGUCACUCGGAAAACUACAACGACCACAGUCACCACACCAAGCACAGCAGCAACAUCCUCCAAGUCUUCAACCUCAAAGCAUUCAACAGUCUCAACACCUCUCUCACCUGUUCCAGCAACAACCAGUUACAAUAAAAGUCCUUCAGAUCUCACAAUCAUCCUGAUGGCACUAGGGAUGCUGUUGCUGGUGGCAGCUGUUGCCACGGGUACCUGGAAGCUGUGUAAGAGAUACAAGGGAGUCCAGCCUCACACAGGAGCAAGAGAGGACCGGAGCAACGAGCUGACGGUACGGCCGUUUUACACUCUGCACUCUGCCGAGAAGGCUGAGGGUCAAUGUCAACUGCAGACUCUGAAGAUGAAGUGA